CAGGGUGGCUGCGUAGAUGUGCUAUUUCAGCCUCUGCCCGACAGGAAGGAGCGAGAACCAGGUCAGUUAUUUGAAGAACUGACUUCCUCCUGCCCAGCCAGAGCAGACUCCUGGCUCUGAGUAAAGCAGAUAAGGUAUUGAAAAGCCUGGGCUUUAAUGACCGUUUUUUUUCUGACCUGGAAACAGUUUAAAGGAAAGGUUAUCUUCUAUAAGUCAUUGAUAGUCUUCUUACUGCUAUUUGUAAACUUAUUUUAGAUUGGAGAUUGCUUCUGCUUUGCAGAAAUUAUCUGCUUGGAGCCAUGCAUAAUUUAUAACAAUCUCUGGCAAAACCUCAGAAGAGAUAUGCUCUUGUCUCAGGCGGACGUCAGAGGCGGGAGCAGCACCCAGUGAAAACACUCCCCCAGUGACUCUGGCAGAGGCACAGCCUCUGAGAGCUUUCUUCUUGAGGAUUAUGACACAGUUAAAAAGGAAAAAAGGGCGCCAGGCAAAGCAGAGUCACGAAUGAAAUUGGAGAGGGGCUCUUUUGAGAACGUGGGGGUGACUGUGGACGCUGGAGCCCUUUGGCAGGACAGUGAAACCCUUCCAAAUUGGGUGGAAGAAAAAGGAGAAGAAAUGGCCCACGAAGUCAAUCUGGAUACCCUCAAGGAGUUAGAACUCGAGGUCAUUCUCCAGGUCCUGCACCGUGACCAGGCUGUUCAAAGCCUAGAGGAAGAAAGGAUAAGGAAACUGAAAACACACCUGCAGCAUCUCCGGUGGAAAGGAGCCAGGAAUCCCAGCCGUGAGUACAAGGAGAAGUGCUGCGCACGCUGCCAGCGGGCCUUGGGGCUGCUGCUGAACCGGGGGACCGUGUGCCUGGGCUGCAGCCACCGUGUGUGCUCUGAGUGCCGUGUGUUCCUGAGGAGGAGCUCCACCUGGAAGUGCACGGUGUGCUUCGAGGAAAGAAACGUGAAAGCAAAAACUGGGGAAUGGUUCUUUGAGGAACGAGCCAAAAAAUUUCCAACUGCAGGCAAACGGGAGACAGCUGGGGCCAAGCUCCUGCAAUCUUAUCAGAGGCUGAGCAGCAGAAUUUCUGUGGUGCCUCCUACUCCUCCUCCUCUCAGUGAAAACCAGUGCAGCGGCAGCCCUGGCAGGGUACGUGUGCCUUUACAGGAACUUGGUCAGUUUAGAGGAUUUAAUAAGUCCGUGGAGAAUUUGUUUCUGUCUGUUACCACCCACGUGAAAAAGCUCUCCAAGUCCCAGAAUGACAUGACUUCUGAGAAGCAUCUUCUAGCCACCAGCCCCAGGCAGUGUGCAGGCCAGACGCAGAGACGGAGCCAGUCAGACACUGCGGUCAACGUCACCACCAGGAAGGUCAGCACACCAGAUAUUUCGAAGCCUCUUCCUCAAGAGGAUCCCAGACGCUCUGCCAGCCUUGGUUUGAAGCAAGAUGCUCUCCCACUGGGCCCCUCCCCCAGCCCUUUGUUCUCGGGAGGCUUGAGACACGGAAGUUUAAUUAGCAUUAACAGCACUUGCACAGAGAUGGGUAAUUUUGACAACGCUAAUGUCACUGGAGAAAUAGAAUUUGCCAUUCGUUAUUGCUUCAAAACCCAUUCUUUAGAAAUAUGCAUCAAAACCUGUAAGAACCUUGCUUAUGGAGAAGAAAAGAAGAAAAAGUGUAACCCGUAUAUAAAGACCUACCUGCUGCCUGACCGAUCCUCUCAGGGAAAACGCAAGACUGCAGUCCAAAAGAACACACUGGACCCGACCUUUCAGGAGACCCUGAAGUAUCAGGUGGACGCUGCCCAGCUGGCGACCCGGCAGCUGCAAGUCUCUGUGUGGCACCUGGGCACGCUCACCAGGAGGGUGUUCCUUGGAGAAGUGACUGUUCCUCUGGCCACAUGGGACUUUGAAGACAGAGCAACACAGUCCUUCCGCUGGUAUCCGCUCCGGGCCAAGAAUGAGCAAUUUGAAGACAGCAUUCCUCAGAAUAAUGGAGAACUUGCUGUUCGGGCCAAACUGGUUCUCCCUGUAGGGCCCAGAAAGUCCCAGGAAGCUCUAGAAGGGACAGAUCAGCCAUCACUUAAUGGUCAACUCUGUUUGGUAGUGCUGGGCGCCAAGAACUUACCUGUGCGGUCGGAUGGUACCUUAAACUCAUUUGUUAAAGGCUGUCUCACUCUGCCAGACCAACAAAAGCUGCGACUGAGGUCCCCCGUGCUGAAGAAGCAAGCUCACCCCCAGUGGAAACACUCCUUUGUGUUCAAUGGCGUCAGCAGGUCUCAGCUGAGGCAGUCGAGCCUGGAACUGACUGUCUGGGACCAGGCCAUCUUUGGAAUGAGCGACCGCUUGCUGGGGGGAGCCAGACUUGGUUCAAAGGGGGAUACAGCUGGUGCAGAUUCAUAUGCACAAUCAAGGCUGCAAUGGCAGAAGGUUCUCUCCAGCCCCAACUUAUGGACGGACAUGACACUCAUCCUGCACUGAAGUGAAGGCCUCGGAGCUCCAGGCUAUGCUGGAUGUGCCAAAGCCUGGAGCCUGCAGAAGCCACAGGCUGACCGUGGAUGGAUGGGCCCUCUGGACUGUGCAGCCUCCCCUGGUUGUUCUGUUAUGUCCCUCAUGUCUUGUGUACUUAACAGAGCAGUUAUACAUGUUACCUAAGUCUCAGAUGGGUUCCUAGCUGUUCUCUGAGAGAGGUGGAAAAUGGCCAUAUUUCAAUAAAUGUUUGGCAGUUA